AUGGUGGAGGUCAAAUUUGGUGAUGAUUUACCUGAGCAGAUUGAAUUUGAAAAUGAAAAUGGUGUUCUCACCUCACAAAUGAUCAAGUAUGAAUGGAGGCCAAUAAAAUGUGAUGAAUGUGGUGGAGUUGGUCAUGAUGGUGAGGCAUGUAGGAUGAAGAAGGAGGAGGUUCAAAAGGAGAGGAAAAAACUGAAAAUAAAGAAGGUAUGGGUGGUAAAAGCUACUGUACCACAUAAGGUACAAACAGCUAAAACUAGUCAGGAGGCACAAAUGGGGAUGCAGGAGGGUGAAGUCACUUGUGGAGUGAUUGAUCAUCUACUGAAUCCAUUGAACAUUGAGAUUGCUGCUAAAGUGAUUGAAGUUAAUGAUAUGACAAAGGAGAAGAAUGUGAGUGAUGGACAGAUGGAGAAUGGGAAUGAAAGAGCACCUCAGGGCCUAAAUAGUCCAUGGAAGCAUUUUCAUCUUAGGAAGUUUAUCCAAAGUCAGAAUGUAGGACUAUUUGGCUACCUAGAAACUAGGGUAAAGACUGGUAAUUUUGCAAAAGUCUACCCUAGAAUAUGUCCAAACUGGUCAAUUGUUACUAGUUAUUCUGCUUUUCCUGGAGGUAGGAUAUGGCUGGUAUGGAGUCCUUCUUGCUUUACUGUUGAUGUGAGAAUGUUGACAGAGCAGAUGAUCUAUGGUGUAAUGAAUCAUAAGGCAUCUGGAGUUCAGUUUUGUUUGAGUAUGGUGUAUGGUCAUAAUGAUAAGGAAAAAAGAAGUGAAUUGUGGAAUGACUUGAUCAAGUGCAGUAGGGAUGUCAUGAAUACUCAAUGGGUGGUGAUGGGAGAUUUUAAUAAUAUCCUGAAUUUGAAUGAAAGAAUAGGUCAGCCUGUUCUGUUCAGUGAAAUUGAAAGGUUCAGGAAUUGUGUGGAUAGUUGUGGUUUAGGUGAUGCUAAAAUGACUGGACCCUUUUAUACAUGGUCCAAUAAGCAGCAGGAGGAUGAUUAUGUGACCACAAAAAUUGAUAGAGUGUUAGUAAAUGGGCAAUGGGAGUUAUGCUAUCCAUACACUGAAGCUGCAUUCUUGCUUGAAGGAUGCUAUGAUCACUGUCCUUGUAUAGUGAAAAUUCAUAAGGAAUUGAAUAAAAGGGCAAAGCCUUUAGAUUCUUCAAUAUGUGGUGUGAUUCUAAAAGGUUUCUAA